GAGAAACGAUGGUGUUACUUAAAACGGUAAUAUAUAAUAUAAAACAUAAUCUGACCAUUAAUAAAUGCCCCCCCCCCCCCCCCACACACACACCACAACUAACAAUUUUUUGUUGGUGUUUUUUACUGGCAUUGGAGGAGUGAGGGCAGCCUGGGCUCUUGGCAUGGGUGUAUAGGUGGAGGAUGGGUAGAAAGGGGCUAUUACCUAUUAUCUGGCAGUGUGUACAUGCCAUCCCCGGCAGCAAUGGGUUAACAAGAUAUAUAUUACGUUACUCCACUGUAAUAAAAAGGGGGACUGCUUCAUUAACAGAGAACAGUAACGCGUUGACAGAAGCGGCCAGUUCCUCACCACACCAGUUAUUUGAAGAUCAGUACGAAAUUCUGCAAAAGAUUCCUUCGAAGAAAAAAAAGAGAGUUCGAGGUCCCAAGAACUGGGAGUUCCUGAUCCGCCUGCUAGUGAACCCGCGAUCGAACCCUUCCUUGAUCUGCUGGGAAGACGAGUCCAACGCGACCUUCCGCUUGGUGCAGCCCUACGCCAUCGCCAAACUCUGGGCUUCGCGCACCUCACACACUCCGCCCUUGAGUUAUAAUAACUUCGCUAGAGGAUUAAGGUAUCAUUACAGAAAAGGCGCUUUGGAGGCCGUGUCGGAGAAGCAACUUGUUUACCGUUGCGGACCUAAAGCCUUAAGAUUCCUCAAUGCUCUGCGCCCCGAGUCUUCCUGAAAUUGGAUAGCAAACUCCCCAGCAAAACGCAACUUGUGAUUCAAACAAUUUUUUCUCUGAAAACUAUGAAUCGGUAACUUCAAAUUUGAGGCGGAAUUUAAUCGUUUCCUCGGAUGUAUUGGGACUGCGGUCUGAACCUCGGUUGAUUAGGAAGGGCAUCCAAUCAGGCAAAUAACCCCUCAAUAAGGUAUCGAGAAGUCCUGAAGGAGAAUGAAUGAGACACACACACACGCGUACACGUAUAUGCAUGUAGAUUGCAUAAAUAACAAUAAACUUAUCCAUCCAGCUUCCCCGGGGAACGCCCAGACCGGCGGCAUAGGUAAGUGUCUGUGACUUUUCUUGGCAUUUGUAAAGACCGGAAGUACGAGUUCUGCGUUGUGCAGAGCACCACGCUUCGAGACACAGGGAGUUCCCUUGUUUUCAUGCACAUAUGCUACAUGUUUAUAUAUAAGUGUGUGUGUGUUUAUACACACACAC